AUGAUCCCCAUUUCGCAGGGGGGUUCAACCAUUCCAUGGAAUUCGCCGGCAGGUAUCACAAUGCUUACAUUCGGAGCGAUGCUUUUUGCGGUCUUCCUAAUUGGAGAAUGGCGACGGGUGAAACUGCCACUUCUCCCCAUGCCUUUAUUCCAGUACAACUACUCUACAAAUAUCCUGCUAGGCGCGAACAUCUUGAUCGGCCGGGUCUUCUAG